AUGGUGAUGAGAGUGGACAACGCUCGGUGGCGAAACGUUCCCUUCGUUUUUGUCGCUGGAAAAGCGCUGAACGAACACAAGGCCGAGGUGCGUAUUCAGUUCAAGGAAGUCGGUACAGAUUUGUUUGAUUCUGGCACUGUGCGGCGCAAUGAACUGGUCUUUCGCGUGCAGCCAAAUGAAGCCGUGUACGCUAAGCUGGUCACCAAGUCCCCUGGCAUAUGUUUCAACACAGAACAAACUGAACUGGAUCUGACCUACUCCAAACGCUUUCAGAACCUCAAACUUCCUGAAGCCUACGAGCGCCUGAUCCUUGAUGUACUUUGUGGCAACCAGGCCAACUUCGUCCGCGACGAUGAACUUCAGGAAGCGUGGCGAAUACUGACUCCGAUUCUUGAUUAUCUCGAAGGGAAUAGAAUCCAACCAAAACCAUACAUUUUCGGCAGUGAGGGCCCCGAAUUGGGUGAUUUGCUUCGUAAAUCAAUUUGA